AUGACGGCAGAAAAUCUCCCACUCCAAAAUCGUGUAGCCAUUGUUACCGGCUCUUCUCGAGGAAUUGGCAAAGCAAUUGCCCUUCAUUUAGCCUCUCUUGGAGCUAAACUCGUUAUCAAUUACUCCUCCAAUGCCGCUCAAGCUAAAGACGUUGUAUCCCAAAUCAAUUCCACCUCAAAUUUCCCACGCGCCGUCGCCGUUAAAGCUAACGUCUCCGAUCCAGAUCAAGUCAAAUCCCUCUUCGAUGCUGCGGAAUCGGAAUUUCAUUCGCCGGUCAACGUUCUGGUCAACUCCGCCGGCGUACUCGACGCGAAAUACCCGUCGAUUCUCAACACAACGCUAGAGGAUUUCGACAGGACUUUUGAGGUGAACGCGCGUGGAGCUUUUUUGUGCUGUAAGGAAGGUGCUGCUAGAAUCAAGCAAGGUGGAGGAGGGAGGAUUAUAUGCUUAACGACGUCGGUAGCUGCGGCGUUUAAGCGGGGAUUCGGUGCGUACACGGCGUCAAAAGCGGCGGUGGAAGCGAUGGUGAAAAUACUGGCGAAGGAACUGAAAGGAACAGGGAUAACGGCGAAUUGUGUAGCGCCGGGACCUAUAGCGACGGAUAUGUUUUACGAUGGGAAAACGGAGGAGAUGAUAAACAAGGCGAUUAAUGAGUGUCCACAUGGAAGACUUGGAGUGCCGGAUCCGGUGGUAGGUUUUUUGGCUUGUGAUGCUUCUGAAUGGGUUAAUGGACAGAUUCUCCGUGUUAAUGGCGGAUACGUUUGAUUCUAUUUGCUCGAUUUCACCAUCAAUAAUGGUCUCUCCAUCUCCAUUGCUAAUGAUGAUUUCUCAUUCUGUUACUAUAUUGCCUGAAUAGAGGUAUGUCUGAACUACUCUCUCUAUGUACUGUUCUAUGAUUACAAAAUUUGUAUCGCAAGCCAAUGAUAAUGGUACUACUAUUUUGUAUGGUAAAUAUUUGAUUAAGAAAAAUAAAAAUUGCAUGAA